ACCAGCCUGCGCAACCGCGCAGUCUAGUCAGGAUCUAUGCUGUUCGCUUUCAAAGCCUACUGCGGUAAGAGAAACAGUAAGCGAACAGCUUUGAUCCUGAAGCCACUAUGUUGGUUUUCUCAUGGCGCGGCUCAUAUAUAGAUUUUUUUUCAUGUAAUCACUUUGCUACCGAGAAUAUUCCUCCGGCCAAUAAUCGAUAGCGGACACGUAUACAUUUUACUUAAUACCAAAAUUACUAUCAGUGUCAAUUAUGCCAAUUACAAUGUGUGUCAUUUAAAUAUGAAAAAGGUAAAUUUUCCAUGAAUGUAAGAUAUAUAUCAUAAAAAAAAAAAAUGUCAGUGCUUUAAACUGCCAUAGCAAUAGGUAUGUUUUCAUGAUAUGAACUAACUUUUUUAUGAAAUUAGAAAAUAGGGAUCAUGAUCAUUUGUGUGUGUGUGUGUGUGUGAAAUAUAAUUUUACUUUUGUGAAAAUUUAAAUUGGUUUCCUGAUUUUUUCCAGUUAUCAUGAACACCGUCGUUAUUUUCUUUACCUCAUUUAAAGCAUUUUCAAAAUUGAUUGUACAUGUUCAAUUAAAAAUGAUUUUACAUGAUUGUUAUUUUUAUACUUUAGUCUUAAUGAAUGAAAGCUGAUAGAAAUUGUUGAUCCGUCACGCGUAUUACUUCAUCUUAGUCGAAUUUCACCUUAAUGUUUCACGACGAUUUGGUGUAUCUGUUACGUAUUAAAUACUAUUACCCUAGGGUCUGUAUAAAAACUAUUGACCUAGAGCCGCAAGACAUAUGGUCAUUUAAUGAGUGUUUAUUGUAUUUGAUGUCAGUAGUACACUUUCAUAUUCGAAAUCUGACUUUACUGUUGAAUUAAAGACCGGUCGGUAGCACUAAAACUAUGUACAGGCGAUUUAUACUAAACGAGUCAUAAAAUUGAAGUGUGCUGAACAGAAAUGAAGAAAUAAAUAUUCCGAGAAAUGAAGGGAGGUACUAAGAAAGUACUUAAACAACGUUUUCUUUACAUAUUUUAUAUAAUAUUCUAUUAAAAUGCCUGAUAUAUUGUCUGUUAUUGAAAGAUUCAAUAAAUAUGAACUACUUCAAUACCUAAAUAAAGACUUUAGUAAAGCUUUUAUAAAGCUAUUAUCAAUACUGCAAAUGCUUCAAUCUUGUAGUCGUAGUCAAAAGUACACAUUCAGUAUCUCCAGGAAAGAUAAUGUUUGAUUUUGUUUUCACGACACUCGUUAUUGCAGGUGAAAGUUGGAAUGGUAUACAACGUGCAAUGGGGUGGAAAGUCUGACGUUGACGAAGCAAUCAUACUAGCUUCGGGUACAGAGAAAGAGAUGCGAUUCCGUUUCCAUGACACAGAUAGUCCUAUCCUGACAACUGAAUUACAAUCAACGCAGCCACGGAAACGCAUCAGAACUGAACAACCUAAGACAUCAAAAGGGAAACCAAAAGCUAAGGUUAUUAAGUCUGUGGCACCAAAAUCGGUAGCACCAAUUCAACCAGAAAACACACAACAACAACAACAGGAAAACAACAUCAACAUUGUAAAUCAAGAAAACAAUCCAGUAGAACCAGCACAUCAACAGGAAAACGAACAACAACAGCACGAGAACAAUCAACACGUGCAUCAGCCGGAAAAUAAUCCAAUAGAAACGACUCAACAUCAGGAAAACGAACAACAACAACAAAACAAUGAACACGUGGCGCAACAAGAAAACAAUCCAGUAGAACCGGUACAUCCACAACAGAGUGCUCUUGAGAUGGAAACACCAUCAAGAUCAGAUUUUAUGUUUAGGUUAAGUCGAUCGAAUAUGUUACCAGGUCCCUUUCAGUCAUUCUUAAAUUCUCAGGACAGUGUGAACAAAAAUAUAAUCAAACAGCUGGAAAAAGCAACGCGCGGCAUUGAAUCACUGAAUAAGGAGCUCCAUGAAAUUCGUCAGGAAAACCGUGUCAUGAGGGGACAGUUAGACGCAUUACUUGCUUCACGCGCUAGUACCGCUCCAGCUCAAGUAACAAACAAUUUCGAGAGAAGUGAACAUUCUAUAGCAUUGCAAAGUGUUCCGUCAGAGUAUAGUAUUAGUGAGGAGGAACUUGCUAGUAUUAAACGCGAUUCAAAAGGUGCAGGAAACUUCGGUGCUCAGCUUGUGAAAAGACUAUUCCCUGAAUUAUUUGGCCCCACAAAUCUACGCCAUCAGUAUAAUUGGUUUGGGGGCGGUGUUAAAUCGAAGCAGGAACUCUGUCCAGAAAGAAAAUCUGUAGUGAAACAAUACGUUACGUUUUACUAUCCUGAGCUAGUAGAUGCCGAACAGUGGCGAGACAGAGUAGUGCCUAAAAUAAAUGAGCUCCUAAGGCGAAAAGACAAACUACCAAGUGCAUUGAACUGCGACCAGCCUCAAAGAUCUCAGAUUCCUUUACCAGAGCUCACACCGACCACAUACAGAUCACUGCUAGAUUACUACGGCGGCGCUCAAAUUUAGAUGACAUACAUGAAGUUUCAUUUGUUCGCUGUAUAUGUCAGUACAAGAUACAUGAUCAAUAGAAUUUUUCAUUGCGUGUAAAAAAUGUUAAACUGUAGGCUAACCAUGCUUUAUUUGUGGACACAAUAGAAUAUUUCAUUGCGUGUAAAAAAUGUUAAACUGUAGGCUAACCAUGCUUUAUUUGUGGACAUAAAAACAUAUUAUACUGGCAUACUGUUUGACAGUGCUCAGAUAGUAUCAUUUUUUUUAAAUUGAAAAGCAUGAACAAAAUGAGCUUCUCGUUUUAUUUUAAGUAUGUAAGUUGUUGUUCAUACUGUACUUAAUUAAUUAAAUACAUGCAUGUGUAGUCUAAAUAAAAGUACAUUUUA